ACUGCUAAGUAUAAUUUUGGAUUACAAUAAGGCAGUGUGUAACCAAACGGAGGCUUUGACAACGAACAACACGAUGGAAAAUAUAACACAGGCAUCGGAACCAACAGAAUUGCCCAUAUCAGAUACUUCUUUAAUAACAGAAAGGACGACGCCCUUGUAUUGUAAAACAGGCAAGGGUCUCAGUGGCGAGUGCGUGGAGAGGAAGCGUUGUGACUUCAGUACAUCCAACAUAGACUUCACGCUGUACAGACCCCAUAGGAAACCAAGGCCUUGCGAGCCCAAAGAGGUGUGCUGUCCAUUUGACUUUGUCCUGCCCCUGGCGCCUCCCUCCUACGAAGAAGAGAUAAUAGACUUUGAUAAUGAUGAUUAA